AUGACUGACUCAAACAAACCUCCACUCAAGACCGUCCUCAUCACAGGCUGCAGCAACGGUGGCAUCGGAUCGGCGCUAGUCGAAACGUUCCACGAGCGUGGUCUCCACGUUUUCGCGACCGCGCGCACACUCUCGAAGAUGUCGCAGAUCGAAAAACUUCCCAAUGUGACUCUCCUACAGCUCGAUGUUCUGUCGCAGUCCAGUAUCGACGCGGUCGUUGAAGCCGUCACUGCCCAAACGGGUGGCAAACUCGACUACCUGAUCAAUAACUCCGGACAAUCCUGCAUUCAACCCGCCUUAGAGACGCCCAUUGAGCGCGCAAAGGCCGUCCACGAUGUCAACUUCUGGGGCACUGUCCGCGUCACGAACGCCUUCUCGCCGCUGGUCAUUGCGUCCAAGGGAACCAUCACCAACGUCUGCUCUAUUGCCGCGGUGUUGCAUGUUGCUUGGGGUGCAUUCUACAACUCUUCCAAAGCCGCCGUCCGUUCAUACAGCGAAACACUCCGUCUCGAGCUGGCUCCUCUCGGUGUAAAAGUGAUUACCGUGAUGGCCGGCGUCGUCGUCACGAAUAUCUUCGAGAACCACCCCGAAGCGAACCUCUCUGACUCCUCGCCCUGGAAGCCUGCAGAGAAGGUGCUUCAAGACCAGGCAGCUGGGUCAAUGACUGAAGGAGCCAUGCCGCGGGCGGUGUUUGCACGCAACGUCGCGGAUAGUGUACUCGGUGGCGUGACGGGGUUGACUUGGGAGGGGAAGAUGGCCUCAAUCGCGUAUUGGUGCUCGGGAUUCUUGCCGAUGUGGGUGUUGGAUCGUAUCAUAGUCUCUGCGGGUGGGCUGGAUCGGUUUUAA